AUGUCCCACCAUCUCUUCCUCCUUUCGCCAUCCGACACUCCUCUCUACAGCCUCACCCACUUCUCUGCGAAACCGUCAGUGUCAGCGCCUUCGCCUCUGUCCUCAAAUCUGCCGUCAUGGUCGACCUCCGCGUUCGCAGGCACGCUCACGGCGCUCUCGGGCGCGUCCACGGUCACUCAGACGUCAGCGCAGGGAGGAGGGACGAGGAUGGGAGGCGGACAGGACCGGCAUGUGAUACAGAUGAUAGCGAACGCGAGUCUGGACGUGAUUGAGGACGUGGUGAAACGGAAUACUGCGAUGUACCUCAAGUCUGUGGACAGGUUCAACGAGUGGACGGUCUCGGCGUUCGUUACCCCUGGCAACAUGAAGUUUGUGCUGCUGCAUGAGAGCAAGAACGACGAGGCGAUCAGGCUGUUCUUCAACGAUGUGUGGGAGCUGUACGUCAAGACGAUGUUGAACCCGUUCCACACGGCGCACACGCCCAUCCGGAGCAGCGUGUUCGACAACAGGGUGCGAGCGAGUGCGAAGAAGUAUCUGUAG